GAGACAGAAUGGAGACUGCGAUCGAAGAUGCGGGGCUGGACCGCGGCCCGACUCUGACCUCGUCUUGGGAUGCAGCGUGCGGGGCGCUGACCCAAAGCCUCCUUCUUACUCGGACUGGGCCACGUGCCCAAGACUUGGACUUCGAGCAGCUGCUGGAGCCGCCAGCUCCGGGCUCGGAUCUGGUGAGUCUGAAAAGCAGCCUGAGCUCCCGAGAUGAGAACCCCUGCUUCAUUUACUUGAAGUGUGGGCCUAAUGGAGGUGAAGAAAUCCUUUCGGUUGGCAUUCUGAGUUCAGCAAGGAACAUGGAAGUAUACUUAGGAGAGGAGUAUUGUGGAACCAGUCGAGGCAAGAAUGUCUGCACUGUCCUGGAUGACAGAGAAAAUGAAAAGAUCUUACUGUACAAAAAAUACCUAAAAUUGGAGUCUCCCACACAUGCCUGUAAAAUAAAGUUGUUAUCCUUCGGUGAAAAGCAGUGCGUGCUCGUCAGUAAAGUUGUGGUGCACUUAAGACCACAGUCUGCAAAUCCUUCACCAAGCUCUGCUGCUCUGGGAUCACGGAUAGACCUCGACAAUAUCCAAAGCAUAAUGGAGUCCAUGGGGUCCAAGUUAUCCCCUGGAGCUCAGCAGCUGAUGAAUAUGAUUAGGUUUCAGCAGCAGAACUGUCUUCCCCUCGGGGAUCAGCUUCAGUCGGUGUUGGGAACGACAGGACACAAGCAUCUAAUGGCACUGCAGUCUUCACCAUCUUCAGGAGUCUUAGACAAGGCAUCCUCUACACCUUUUCCUUUUAGAACUGGAUUAACACCUUCAGCCAUCACUGAAAAUUUAAAGGCUUUUAUUGAUAAAAGCACACAGCCAUCUGGAGAAGGAAGUACCACAAACCAUGAUGAGUGUCACCUUACGCCACAAAACCAUUUCCUUGAAAGUGAUCUUAAAAACGCAGUGUCUUCUUUUUUACCAAAGAAGGCAAGUGGCAACUCAAAUGUGCCCAACUCUGAGUUGCUGCCUUUUCUCCAGAAUUUAUGUAGUCAGGUCAACCAUCUCCGUGUGGGACAUAAUGCCAGGUGGCAAGAAAACAUCUCCAAACCCCAAGAGGGCAUUGUCGGUGUUCCGAUGGAAGAGCAGCCUAUUUGUUCCUACUUGGAAAAGAUUCUUUCUAAAAACAUGGAACUGAUGGAAAAGAAGCUUAUGGACCACAUUGAUGAGAGGCUCUACCAGCUCCAGGAACACAUAGAUGCUAAAGUGGCGUUGUUAGUGGACUUGCUGCGAAGCCCCAACUCCCCACCCCCAGGGAUGCCUCUGAGACACUGUGACUCCAGAGAAGGACUUUCCAACGGAGAAAGAUAAGCUAUGCACAUGCAGUUAUUGCAGAUAUUUAUUAUAUAUUUAUUACAAAGCCAGAAUCCAAAAAAGGUUAUACAAAUCAAGUCUUUAAGGUCCUUUGAAGGACUUGUCUUACAUGAAGUGACCUCAGUGCUUGUUUGCAUUGCGCUUGUUACUGUAGAUCCAGCUCUGUGCGCCAACAGCUAUCCUGAUACAGUCUAAGUUAUUCUGCUUGCUGUAUUUUUACUCUUACAGAAGUGUAUGCUUGUGUUGCUCAACUGUUUUGGAUGUUUAAGGACUUCUAACACAACUUGUUAGUUUGUAUUGUGUAUUACAUGUGUGUGAAGUGGAUUUUUUAUUUAUACAGAUACCUAUAAAAUACAGUCUCAGGAGUAUGAAAAGUAA